AUGAGGGUUAAGACAAGACUUAAGAAUCCACGAUCAACAUUAGGUAAAUCUAUCAAAGAAAUUUUAAAUCGAGCAGGCAAGCGACAAAUUUCACAUCCAAAGCAAAACCAAACUUACGAAAACGAUGAUUCUGCAUCAGAAAGUCGGCGAAGUAGUACAAGAAUUAACGAAAUCCUACAUUUUCAAAAUAAUUUUGUAAGAAACAAUUCUAAUUCAAAUUUCAUAUUAGAAAGUAUAUCAGAAGAAGCCGAAGAUCAAUUAUUUAAUGAAUCACCAAUUAAAAAAUCUAUUAAUAAUAAAAUUUCUGAAAUAAUUCCAUCACAAGACCAAUUACAGCUUGACGACAUUACAGAAGAAAAAUCCGAAAUAAAUACAUCAAUAAUUUCCACAAAUACAAAAAAUUCAUAUUCAUAUCUUGAAGAAGAAGAAAAAGAAGAUAAUUUCGAGUUUUAUCCAGAAUAUGACUAUUACAAACCUCGUCAACCUUACGAAAAACCUAAGAAAGGCUCAAAAAGAGUCAAAAGAAAACCAAAUGCUGCAUUUAUUGAAGAACAACAAGAAUUAAACACAGGAAUUGAUAUUGAUAUUGAAUAUGAAUAUUCAUAUGAAGAAAAACAACGAAGAAGUUUUGUUUCUUGGAAUUCCAAAAGACGGAGUUUAUGCUAG